UUUUGUAGUGCGAAGCUAAUAACGAAGACAAUAGUGCGAAGCUAAUUGUGAAGACAAUCCAAGUAUCAAACAAUGAGUACGAGGUCCAAAAACUUGAACUCCGUUUUCUACUCCGAUGUCUACCAUCCCAUUCAAGCCGGAAGUAUCGACGGCACCGACAUUCUUCCUCACGACAACGCCAUUCUCCGUGCUCAACUAUGUUCCUCUAUUGGCCUCUAUGACCCAUUUGGUGAUCCUAAGGCCACUGGUGACCCUUAUUGUACUCUGUUCGUGGGUCGUCUCUCCCGACUCACCACUGAAGAUACUCUCCGCAAGGUUAUGAGUCAGUAUGGCCGGAUUAAGAACUUGCGCUUGGUGAGGGACAUUGUGACAGGAGCUUCUCGCGGUUAUGCUUUUGUCGAAUUCGAAGCUGAAAGGGAGAUGCGUCAAGCAUAUAUGGAUGCUCAUCAUUUGAUUGUUGAUGAUUGUGAAAUCAUAGUUGAUUAUAAUAGACAACAACUGAUGCCCGGAUGGAUUCCUAGAAGGUUAGGUGGUGGUCUUAGUGGUAAUAAGGAGUCGGGACAACUUCGUUUUGGGGGAAGAGAAAAACCAUUUCGUGCACUCUUGAAACCGAUUCCAUAUGCGGAGUUGAAGAAGCUUGGUAUCCCGCCUCCACCGGAGGGAAGAUACAUGUCACGUUUCGAGGUUCCAUCCCCUCCUAGAAGAGAAAAGAACCUCUCAGACAAGGGAGAAGACUCUGAUACAAGGGGUUCUAGUGACAGAAACAGGAGAAAAGGAAGUCCAGUUGAGAUGGAGGAAGGACACUACAAAAGAAGUUCAAGUCACCGAGGAGACUACUCGCGUCGAAGGAGCUCUUCAGAGAGGAGUGAUGAUUACUAUGACAGGAGCUCUUCGGAGAGGCAUGAUCGUUACCAUGACAGGAGCUCUUCGGAGAGGAGUGGUCGUUACCGCGAUAGGAGCUCUUCGGAAAGGAGUGAUCGUUACCAUGACAGAAACUCUUCAAAGAGGAGUGAUCGCUCUUCGGAAAGGAGUGAUCGUUACCAUGACAAGAACUCUUCAAAGAGGAGAGAUCGCUCUUCGGAAAGGAGUGAUCGUUACCAUGAGACAAACUCUUCAAAGAGGAGUGAUCGCUCUUCUGAGCGGAGCUCUUUAGAGAGAAGUGAUAGUUACCAUGACAGAAGCUCUUUAGAGAGGGAUGACCGUUACCAUGAAAGUAGCUCUUCUAAGAGGAGUAAUCGUUACCAUGACAGGAGCUCUUCAGAGAGGAGUGAUCGUUACAAGAGUUCAGUCGAAACAGAUAAACAUUCACGUAAAAGAAAAGAAAGAGGUGAACGCUCUCCUAGUCGGGAAAAAUAUAGUCGCUAUUCCCCUCACGAGGAAGACUAAGGUCUACAACUCAUUAUCACUCUUCUAUUGUUCCUUUUUGCUCUCGGAAGAUUUUAGGAUGAAUAUGAUGCUGGUGCGGAUGCAUAGGUUCAAUGGUCAUGGUUUUGAUGUAUAUUUCCAACGCCAUAUUUGUUGAAGUUCUUUACUUUGAGUUUGAGGUUCAUGAGCUUUUUGUAAGUUAUAGUAGCCAGGAAUAGUCUCAUUCCAAGCACCCUUCAAUCAUCACAAGAGCUUCACAUAUUCAUAAAUUUUAAAGAUGAGAGCCACCUGGUAUUGGUUGUUGUUGUUGUUAAGCAACAUAUAAUUCAAAUUGUCAAUCCAUCAACUAUGGCAAAUAACUAAUUCAAAUUGUUGUGUUUCUACCAUAUGACCUUUCACAUAUUUAAUUAAAAUAAUUCUUUUGAUUCAACCGCAAAUGUGACUAAUCUUUU